GCUGCAGCGCGGCAGUGAGAGCGGCUCCCCCCGCCCCCUUCCCUCCGUGUGUUUGUGUCAGGCUGAUCGCGGCGGCGGAACUGCCCGGGGUGCCCGGCUCGCAGCGGGCGACGGGGACGGACGCAGCCAGCCGCAGAGACAGCCCCGCUCCCCUCGGCUCAGCCGGGCUCUCGACAUGGGCGGCCCGUAGAGGAGAGGGCUAGGCGGCUGGUGCAGUGCCUGUGCGGCGGCGGCGGCCAUGGCGGUGGUGGAGACGCGGCCGGAGCUGGUGGGGAAGCGGUUCCUGUGUGUCGGGGGCGGCGAAGGGGAGCCGCCGGAGCGCGGGGAGAGCGGGCGCUGGCGAGCCGGGGUCAUCCGCGCCGUGUCCCACCGGGAUUCGCACAGCCCCGAGCUGGCGGUAUAUGUGGAAUUUGAUGACCUUGAAUGGGAAAAACGAGAGUGGGUUAAGGUUUAUGAAGAUUUUGCAGCCUUCUUGGUGGAGUACCAGCUGGUCUGGGCAAAAAGAAAGGACCCUAGCCAGACUCAGGGAUCAAAGAUCAAACAAAUUCAAUGGCCUGCAUUGACAUUCAAGCCCUUGGUUGGAAAAAGUGUGUACAGUUCAAUCACUGCAGUAGAAUUCCUUGUGGACAAACAACUGGAUUUUGUAACUGAAGAUAGUGCCUUUCAGCCCUAUCAGGACGACGUAGACAGUCUAAACCCAGUUCUCAGGGACAACCCACAGCUUCAUGAGGAGGUAAAAGUCUGGGUAAAGGAACAAAAGGUUCAGGAGAUUUUUAUGCAAGGUCCAUAUUCCUUAAACGGAUAUAGGGUGAGAGUAUACAGACAGGAUUCUGCCACCCAGUGGUUCACUGGUAUAAUUACUCAUCAUGAUCUCUUCACCCGCACUAUGAUUGUUAUGAAUGACCAGGUGUUAGAACCACAGAAUGUUGAUCCUUCUAUGGUUCAGAUGACCUUUCUAGAUGAUGUUGUUCACUCUUUGUUGAAAGGUGAAAAUAUUGGCAUCACAUCACGUCGCAGGUCUCGUUCCAACCAGAACAGCAACACAGCCCACGGGCAUUAUACACGUGCUCAAGCAAAUAGUCCCAGACCAGCCAUGAAUUCCCAGACUGCAGCACUAAAACAGAAUUCUCACCAGCACCAUCAACAACGGAAUGCUCGUCCAAAUAAAAGGAAAGGCUCAGAUAGCAGCAUGCCUGACGAGGAGAAGAUGAAGGAAGAAAAAUAUGAUUAUAUAGGUCGAGGAGAAAAUCCCAAAAGUAAAAAUAAACACUUUAUUAGUAAAAGAAGAAAAGCUGAAGAGGACGAAAAAAAACUAAGUAUGAAAAGAUUGAGGACAGACAAUAUCUCUGACUACUCUGAGAGCAGUGACUCAGAAAAUUCAAAUAAAAGAUUAACAGAUUCUUCAUCAGAACAAAAUUCAGAGAAUGAGUUGAAAAGCAAGAACACUUCAAACAUAAAUGGAGAAGAAGGAAACUCCCAGAGUAGUGAGAGGGUAGAGGAACAGACACUAAUAGAUAGGCAGUCUCCAUGGGAUGAAAUACAAGCAGAUAAAAAUCAUAAAGAUAUAGAAAGACUGAAGUCAGCUGAAUUAGACCUACAAGAAAAAAAUUCACUCCAUCCAGCAGAGCAGCUGAAAUUUCAUGGUCAGAGUGCCAGUGAUGCACAUGUUCAAGAGUGCAAUGUAGAAAAUCGGCAUACUAUGGAAUUGUUAACAAAUGAGCAGUUUGCACCCAGGCCUCCUACACCAAAAUGUGGUGGUAAUGCAACUAAUGAAAACAAUUCUGAUGAGGAGAGCCAGGAAAAUGCUGCAAGUACCUUUGGUUUGCAAACACUUCAGAAAAUAGUGUCUUGUGGCAGCAAUUUAAAACAUCGGUUUACAAAAGUAAAUGUUCAAGAAGUAAGAAAACAAGAAACUGAUCAGAGUUGGGUUAGCAAUGUUGUCAGUAAAAUGGAUUUGAUACAGUCUGGGAUUAUGAAAACGACAGUAAAUGAACAUUUAAAUCCUGAAAAAGUUCAGCAUGGCUCAUUUGUGUCUUCAUUAAAUGUAGUUUCAUUAACUGAAGAGGGUAAACUACAUAAACGAAGUCCAGCCCCUGAUGCUAUGAAGUCAAAAUCUAGUACUUCAGUUGAUCAUCCUAAAACAAAGUCAAAUUCUUCACCUGAUGUUAAGCCUAAACUCACCCAGUCUCCUGAUACUGUGAAGUCAAAGGUUAGUUAUCAGACCAGCCAUGUUACUGGAGUAUCAAGGUCAGCAAAUAAAACUGAGCAUGAUAUGCCUAGGUCUAGUUUUCAUCCAGUUCCAGCUAGAGUUAGUGCUUUAGAAGCUACUAAAAGUCCUCUUAUUAUUGACAAGAAUGAACAUUUCACAGUAUACAGGGAUCCCACUCUUAUUGGUCAAGAAACAGGAACUAAUCACAUUUCACCUUACUUACAUCAGCAUAAUUAUCCUCUUCAUUCCUCAUCCCACAGAACCUGUUUAAAUCCAAACACCCAUCAUCCUGCAUUAAGUGGUGCACCCCAUCUAUUAACUGGGUCUUCAAAUCAGACUCCAUUAUCUGCUAUUAACACUCAUCCUCUUAGUACUGCAUCUCACCAUUCUGUUCAUCACCCUCAUCUACUUCCUGCAGUGUUACCUGGAGUGCCUACAGCUUCCUUAUUAGGUGGCCAUCCACGACUAGAAACUGCUCAUGCCAGCAGCUUAAGCCAUUUGGCAUUAGCACACCAGCAGCAGCAGAUGUUACAGCACCAGUCUCCACAUCUUCUUGGACAAGCUCAUCCUUCUGCUUCAUAUAAUCAGAUAGGACUUUAUCCAAUUAUUUGGCAGUAUCCAAAUGGAACACAUGCUUACUCAGGACUUGGUCUACCCUCAUCUAAAUGGGUCCAUCCAGAAACUCCUGUUAAUGCUGAGGCUCCUUUAAGAAGGAAUACUCCCAGCCCUUGGUUACACCAACCCACCCCUGUGACCUCAGCUGACAGUCUUGGGUUACUGAGUCACGUUCCUGUAAGACCAUCCAGUGCAGAUCCGCAUCGGCCACUCAAAUUGACAACACAUUCUAGUCCACCAUUGUCCAAAAAUAUAGUAGAUCAUCACAAAGAAGAAUUUGAGAGGAAAGCAUUUAUUGAACCUUUACGUUCUGUUACAACUGCACCAGUGAAGACUGAUCUGGAACACAGCAGAACACAGACUGCAAAAGAGAGUCAUUUGCACAGACAUUUUGUGGACCCAAUGUUGAGUCAAUUGCAGAAGCCACCUCAAGAGACAGGAGAGCGACUAAGCAAAUAUAAAGAAGAACAUAGACGGAUACUUCAAGAGAGUAUUGAAGUUGCUCCUUUUACUGCUAAAAUCAAGGCACUUGAGGGUGAGAGAGAGAAUUAUUCUAGAGUAACACCAUUAUCGUCUUCUAGCCCCAAAAGCUAUGCAGUAAAACAUGACAAAGAACCAGAGCGUUCUGUAUCAGAACUUUAUAAAAUCAAGCAUUCAGCACCACAGAGUUUGCCGCAAAGUAACUAUUUCACCACCUUGUCAAACAGUGUAGUGAAUGAACCACCAAGGUCUUACCCAUCUAAGGAAGUUUCAAGUUUGUAUGUCGAUAAACAGAAUAGUUGUCCUUCAACAGCAGCUAAUCCCCAGUCUCUCAGUUCUUUUAUUUCAUCUCUUUCAAAACCUCCACCUUUGAUUAAGCAUCAACCAGAUGGUGAAGUUUCAGUAAGCAAGAUAACAGAGCAACCUUCCCAUCAAAUGACAUCUCACUCUGUAAAUUCUUUUAGAAAUGACUGCAGAAGCCCUACUCAGUUGUCAGUUUCAUCUUCAAAUACGCUCCGAAGUAUGCCUGCCUUACACAGAGCACCAGUGUUUCACCCUCCAGUUCAUCAAAACCUGGAGAGAAAGGAAAGCAGCUAUAGCAGCCUUUCACCUCCAACCCUAACGCCAGUGCAGCCAGUUAAUGCUGGUGGCAAAACCCAAGAAUUACAAAAACCACCAACUUUAGUACCUGAACCUAAGGAAGCGCAAACCAUGUACAAGAGCACUUCUGAGCAGAAUUUAUCAGAUAUUUGGAAAUCUAAUAAUGCUCCAAACAAUGAAAAAGUUGAAUGGCAUGUUGAGCGAACCAGUGGAAAAUCGCAGUCUGCCACAGCAUCUGUCAUUGUACGUCCACCUUCUAGUAUAAAGUAUGAUAGUAUGCCAGUAAUGCAGUCAGCUUCCAAAGAUCGAAUUAAUGAAAGAUCUUCAACUGGGACAUAUCAACCAGAUUGCCUAAAACCAGUGGAAUCCAGAGACACUGGAAAAAUAAUUCUGCCAAAUAUGAACUCAGACGCUACACACACACAUUAUGAAAAGAACUUUCCGGCUGUGUCAGAAGGCAGCAUUCCCAGUUCUGUCACACCUACCACAACUAUAAUGUGCAGUACCAAAACAGAUGUAACCACAUCUGCAGCCACAACUACCAGUGUUUCAAGCUGGGGUAGUUCAGAAGUGACUUAUUCUUUAUCACACACAGUUUUAGCCUGCACACCACUGGAAUGUACCUCCUCUGGAACAGUAAGUCAGGUGGUGGCACGGACACAAGAAAGCAAGGUCAGCACCACAGCUCCAGUUACACCAGCCAGUGGCAAGACAGGAAGUGCCAUUCAGCCCAACUCUGGAUUUUCUGGCCCAACUGAUUUUAUCCAUUUGAAAAAGCACAAGGCAGCAUUGGCUGCAGCUCAGUUUAAAACUAGUAAUGCCAGUGAAACUGAGUCUAAUGCUGUGAAAAAUCAGACAUUUCCAGCUUCCAUUUCCCUAGACAGUACUAUCGUCUGCAAUACAAUAAACAAAGCCAACUGUGUAGGCAAUGGGCAAGCUUCCCAGACAAGUCAGCCGAACUACCACACAAAACUGAAAAAGGCUUGGCUUACUAGACAUUCAGAAGAAGAUAAAAACACUAAUAAAAAAGAGAAUUCAGGGAACAAUGUAUCAGAAAUUAUUAAGCCAUGUACUGUCAAUUUAAUAGCUUCUACAUCUAAUGAUUUACAAAAUAACAUAGAAAGUACAAUCCUAGCAGAUAAAUUUGUGAAAGAAGAUAAACAUACAAGAAGAAAAGCAAAAAGGACUUACGAAUCUGGCUCGGAAUGUGGAGACUCUGAUGAAAGUGAGAGCAAGUCAGAGCAAAGGACUAAACGGCAGCCUAAGCCAACUUACAAAAAGAAACAAAAUGAUUUGCAAAAGAAAAAGGGUGAUACAGAGGAAGAAGUAAAACCCAAUGGUGUUCUUAGCAGGAGUGCCAAAGAAAGAAGCAAGAUGAAGUUACAGAGCAGCAGUAACAGCACUGGCAUACCUCGUUCAGUAUUAAAAGACUGGCGCAAAGUAAAGAAGCUGAAGCAAACCGGAGAAUCCUUUUUGCAAGAUGACUCUUGCUCUGAAAUAGGGCCCAAUUUGCAGAAAUGCAGAGAAUGUAGACUCAUUAGAAGUAAGAAAGGUGAAGAACCAACUCACUCUCCAGUAUUUUGUAGAUUUUAUUACUUUCGUCGGUUGUCUUUUAGUAAAAAUGGAGUGGUUAGGAUAGAUGGUUUCUCUUCUCCUGACCAAUAUGAUGAUGAAGCAAUGAGUUUGUGGACACAUGACAAUUAUGAAGAUGAUGAAGUAGACCUAGAAACUUCUAAAUACAUUUUAGACAUCAUAGGUGAUAAAUUUUGUCAGCUAGUAACAUCUGAGAAAACAGCCAUGUCCUGGGUGAAGAAAGACGCCAAAAUUGCCUGGAAGAGAGCAGUGAGAGGAGUCCGUGAGAUGUGUGAUGCAUGUGAAGCCACAUUGUUUAACAUUCAUUGGGUCUGCCAAAAAUGUGGGUUUGUGGUCUGCUUAGAUUGUUAUAAGGCAAAGGAAAGGAAGAGUUCUAGAGAUAAAGAAUUAUAUGCUUGGAUGAAAUGUGUGAAAGGACAGCCUCAUGAUCACAAGCAUUUGAUGCCGACUCAAAUUAUUCCAGGCUCUGUUCUGACAGAUCUUCUAGAUGCAAUGCACAGUCUUAGAGAGAAAUUUGAGAUUAAAUCCUACUGUCAGUGUACCAGCAAACAGAACAUGCAAACUGGGAAGUUCCCUGCAAUGAAUGGUGUCUCUCAGGUUUUACAGAAUGUCCUUAAUCACAGUAAUAAAAUUUCUCUGUGCAUGCCUGAGUCUCAGCAGCCGAAUACCCCUCAAAAGUCUGAGACAAAUGGCAAUACAAGUCCAGGGAGUGAUGUAAGCGCAGACAGCAAGUUAACUCCACCAGAAUCCCAGUCACCACUGCAUUGGUUAGCUGAUCUAGCAGAGCAAAAAGCCAGAGAGGAAAAGAAAGAAAAUAAAGAAUGUCCUCCUGGAAAACAUACUAAAGAAGAGAGAGACCAAGACAGUUUAGAGUCUCUAAAUUGUAAAACAUCUCCUCCUGUGUCCCAGAACAACGAACAGGGCUCAACCUUACGAGACCUCCUGACUACAACAGCUGGCAAAUUGCGUCUGGGCUCUACAGAUGCUGGCAUUGCUUUUGCUCCAGUUUACUCUACAGGAACAACAGGUGGCAAAGGUGGAAGGACUGUGCCAAACAUUCUUGAUGACAUAAUUGCUUCAGUUGUAGAAAACAAGAUUCCACCAAAUAGACCACCAAAGAUAAACGUAAAAUCUGAACUGAAGGAUGGACCAAAAGAUGGUCAAAAGUCUAUUCUGGAUGAUUGCAGUAAAUUCUAUAGCGAUAUUCCACAUUCAUGGAUCUGUGAUAAGCACAUUUUGUGGCUCAAAGAUCAUAAAAACAGCAGCAACUGGAAACUCUUUAAAGAGUGCUGGAAACAAGGAAAGCCUGUAUUAGUGUCUGGAGUGCACAAGAAAAUGAACAUCAACUUGUGGAAGGCAGAGUCAAUUAGCCUAGAUUUUGGAGACCACAAAGCCGAUCUCCUGAACUGCAAAGACAGCCUUAUUUCAAACACUAAUGUCAAGGAAUUCUGGGAUGGUUUUGAAGAAGUUGCAAAACGGCAAAAAAUAAAAGGUGGGGAAACAGUUGUACUAAAACUGAAAGACUGGCCCUCUGGUGAAGACUUCAAGGCUAUGAUGCCUGCAAGGUAUGAAGACUUAUUAAAAAGUUUACCAUUGCCAGAAUAUUGUAACCCAGAAGGAAAAUUGAAUUUGGCUUCCCAUUUACCAGGGUUUUUUGUACGUCCAGAUUUGGGACCCAGAUUAUGCAGUGCGUACGGUGUGGCUGCUACUAAAGAUCAAGAUAUAGGAACUACAAAUCUCCAUAUUGAAGUUUCUGAUGUAGUGAACAUUCUUGCCUAUGUGGGCAUAGCAAAAGGAAAUGGAGUACUGUCAAAAGCAGGAGUAUUAAAGAAGUUUGAAGAAGAAGAUUUGGAUGACCUUUUAAGGAAAAGAUUGAAAGACUCAAGUGAAUUACCUGGGGCUUUGUGGCACAUUUAUGCUGGCAAAGAUGCUGACAAGAUAAGGGAAUUUCUUCAAAAGAUUGCGAAAGAACAGGGUCUAGAAGUUUUACCAGAGCAUGAUCCAAUACGUGACCAGAGUUGGUAUGUGAACAAAAAACUUCGCCAAAGACUUCUUGAAGAAUAUGGAGUGAAAACCUGCACUAUUAUUCAGUUCCUUGGUGAUGCUGUUAUUUUACCAGCAGGAGCCCUUCAUCAGGCGUUCACUCCACCUAUUCUAAGAUGCUGGACCUUUCAGAUCAAAGGUGUACGAAUAACUACCAAACAUCUUUUCCCAGAGAGAGAGCAGAAAGAUGUUUACCAAUGUACAGUGACCUGAAGGACUUGUAUUAAAGAGUAAUCUGAUAUCAAACUUACCUGAAUGUAUUUGCUAGCUGUUUCAUUUCUUCAAAGAAUGAUCAAAGGCAUUGAAUGCAAUACUCAAGGUGAACUUGGCUGUCAUUCUAGUGAUUUAAAAAGGGGAAAAAAAUCUGUUCUACUAGAUUGGAUGGUAGCCCAGGAGAAUCUGUGAGACUGCAGACUUGAAUGUAUUUCUAAAGGGAACUAUGAAUUGCUUGUCAAGUGCACCUCUAUAUGGUCAUACAUGACUAUACUUUACUAAAAGCUUUUAAGAUCUAGAGUGAUUGGCCUCAGAGCUGCUUCCCAAGCGAUUCUGAAAGAUGGACAUCUCUUGUAUGUAUUUGAUGUUUCCUUGGAUCGGUUGUCCUUACAGGCAAAAUAGAGGGCAAGAAUGUGUUUGGAUUAUGGCCAGAGAAAGCUAAUUCUGAAGUCAAGUGAGGACUCAGUCUGCCAAAGUUGGAAGAAGAGAACUGGAUUCUAGAAGAGCAGGGAUGAGUAUGCCGUGCUUUCAGGGAUGUAAUCUGUCACUUUUUGGUUAAAUGAAAAAUUGAAUUACUGAUUUGUUCUCUUAAUAGUGAUUAGUGGGUAUCACUCAGAAAUAAAUUCUGUCCAAAAAGGCAAUUUGUGACUUUCCCAAUUGCAUCAGACUUAAACAGAAUAAUUGUUUUUGGCUGGAAGACACGUGAUAAACACAUAAAUUGCUAGACUGUCACAGAAAAAAAAAAAUUCAAGACAUCUGUUCUCUCCUCUUGGAGGGAAGCUUGUCAGGUUCUCUACCCCAAGGAUCAAAAGUAAGGUUUGACACUUCCAAGAUACUGUUAUGAGCUAGGUGAAAACUUAUGGAUUGAGGUAAAGCUCCACUGACAUUGAUAGGUGUGAACUCGCCCUUCAAUUAACAAGUGUAAGUAUAAACUCCCACCUCGGCAAAAGGAGUGUGUGAACUCAUCCAGGAGCUUUAGCUAGGCACUGUUUUGGGUAGGGAUGCUUAGGAGUGGGGUAUGGGAGGGGAGGCAGGAAAGCAAACAAAAAACACUACUUUAAAAGAUGGAGACAGCCUGAAGGAGCAGCUGAAAGCACAGUGAGUGACCCUGGAAGAAAGCUCGAGGGAUACCCUUUUUGGGUCAGUGCUGCAGCCUGAAAAGGAUACUGUUGGUGCUAUGAGCAAAAGAAGCUAUUUCCUGCUAUUUAAGUCCUUCUGCAUUCAAAGAUACAGGACUUAGUACAUUCUUUGUAAAGAAACAAAACUGUGUCAAAGAAGUACCUGACUGUCACCUAUUUCUCCUCAACUGGAACAACCUAGUAGACACCACAUUUUAUGCUAUCCAUUCAGGUCAAAAUGGACAAUAUGUUGGUUUUGCCAAAGGACCUUGUAAUCUGGGACUCAUGGCCGCCCAUGAUUUCUAGAACCUUAACUCUGAAUUUUUGAUGUUCAAACUAGUAUUGUGUUCUAACCCAGUUCUCUUUUUAAGAUAUAAAUAUUCCCAACGUUAACUUUGUUUGUUUUAAUAAAGUUUUUGAUUGUGAAUUGUCAUUUAUAGCACUGAGUUUCUUAAAAAUAAACACCAAAAUAAAACUAACAGAAAUACAUCAAAUAGUUACAUCCAAAUAAUAAAAUCACAUGUAAUACACUAACUGCAGCUGAAAUGUAAAUGAAUAAAAUAGGAAACCUCAAAAAUCCAUAGGUAUUACCAGAAAAACUGUUUUAUAAGGUAUGAGGCAUAUAAUUGAUAUCAAACUAAAUGGAGUGCACCAGCACCACCACAUUCAGCAUGUGUAUUUAAGAGCUAAAAAUAAGCCUGGCCUACUGUUGUCACCUUUAACCCCUUCACAUCAGUUCCAAACAGUUGAUUUUGAGAUGGAGAUAUUCCAACUCCUGGCACCUAGGAGUUAAUAAGACAGUAUUUAUGAUGGAUAGAUUCUGGGAACCUUUUUCUCCAUAGUGACAAGUUCCUACGAAAGGGAUGUGUGGGAGGAAAUGGAAGAACUGUUCUUUGAUACAUGUGUUUAAAAAAAAAAAU